AUCUGAACGAGAGGAGGGGGCACACGAGUGGAAAUCCGCACCUUCAAGAGACUUCCCCCCUCGCGUGCAGUCUAUUAACCGCGGGGAGGCGAAUGCGGUGAAUUAUUUGGAGGCUCAGCAACAGGGCACAGAGUACAGGAUGCCGCUGAUUGUAUCAACCCCGCGCGUGGGGGGCUCCCGCGACUAACACCGCGCAAAGUAACCAAAAAGGAGAAUGUGAAUGGUUAGAGAGGACAGGAUUCAAUUAACAUGGAAACGAUGUAGCUUCACCGCCGCAUUGCAUAUAGCUCUGGGAAACAGGUUAGAAAGUAGAUAGCUAAAUAGGGCGCAUUUUGCCGUCAUACAUGCAAACUUACUCAUCAUCAAGCUCAACUAGCCUGUAACGUUAGUUGGCUGCUACAAAAGGAACAGCUGCUCGACAGUGUCUUCAGAUAAAAAAAAAAGAAGACAGAAGAAUUAAAGAUGUUACGGAGGAGGCUCAACCGAUUGUGUGGAGGAGACGAGAAUCGAGUGGACAGCAGGACAAUCUAUGUAGGACAUCGGCCAUGUCCAGACACAGAGGCCUUCAUCCCCUCUAAAUUCUGUGACAACAGGAUUGUGUCCUCCAAGUACACAGUGUGGAACUUCCUGCCAAAGAACCUAUUCGAGCAGUUUAGAAGAAUUGCUAAUUUUUACUUCCUCAUCAUAUUCUUGGUGCAGGUGAUUGUUGAUACCCCGACCAGCCCCGUGACCAGUGGUUUACCUCUGUUUUUUGUCAUCACAGUGACGGCCAUCAAACAGGGUUAUGAGGACUGUCUGAGGCAUAAAGCAGACAACGAGGUGAAUAAGUACCUGGUGACGGUGUUAGAGGACGGCCGGUCGGUGAAGAAGGAGAGUGAGAAGAUCAAGGUGGGUGAUGUGGUUGAGGUGGUGGAGGACGAGACCUUUCCCUGUGACCUGAUUCUGUUGGAAUCCAGUCGAGAAGAUGGUACUUGUUUUGUCACCACAGCCAGCUUGGAUGGAGAAUCCAACCACAAAACACACUACACAGUGCAAGACACAGAGAAGGACCUGCAGGCUCUCACUGCCACCAUCGAGUGUGAACAACCCCAGCCUGACCUUUACAAGUUUGUGGGUCGAAUGCACAUUUACAAGGCGGAGCAGGAGCCAGCAGUAAGAUCUUUGGGCCCAGAGAACCUUCUCCUAAAAGGUGCUACAUUGAAAAACACCAAAAAGAUUUAUGGUGUUGCAGUAUACACGGGCAUGGAGACGAAGAUGGCGCUCAACUACCAGGGCAAAUCUCAGAAACGAUCAGCUGUUGAAAAAUCCAUCAAUGCUUUUCUGUUGGUGUAUCUAUGUAUCCUCAUCAGUAAAGCUGUUGUGUGUACUACACUAAAGUAUGUAUGGCAGAGCAAAGAAGGUCAGGAUGAGCCCUGGUACAACCAGAAAACUCAGAAGGAGAAAGACACUAAUAUGUAUUUGAAGAUGUUUACAGACUUCCUCUCCUUCAUGGUCCUCUUCAACUUUAUAAUCCCCGUGUCCAUGUACGUAACCGUGGAGAUGCAGAAAUUCCUGGGCUCUUUUUUUAUCACUUGGGAUAAAGACUUCUUUGACUCUGAAAUCCAAGAAGGCGCGCUUGUCAACACUUCAGACCUCAAUGAGGAACUUGGCCAGGUGGAAUAUGUAUUCACAGACAAAACGGGCACGCUGACCCAGAACAACAUGGAGUUCAUCGAGUGCUGUAUUGACGGCUUCCAGUACAAACACAGAGACACCCAUAGCGAGGUGGACGGCUUCACUAUGACCGACGGGCCUAUGAAUAAACUGCAUCAGAAGGCUGGACAGGAGAAAGAGGAGUUGUUCCUGCGGGCCUUGUGUCUGUGUCACACGGUGCAGGUGAAGGAGGCUGGAUCAGAAGAAGUACUUGCAGACCAGGUUGACGGGAUCGACGGGAUGCUGCCCCAGCUGGAGGAGGAAAGAGGCUUCAUCGCAUCCUCUCCUGAUGAGAUCGCACUGGUCAAAGGAGCCAUGAAAUACGGCUUCACCUUCCUUGGUCUGGAGAGCAAGAGCAUGAAGAUAAAGAACAGGGAAAAUAAUAUAGAGGAGUACAAGUUGCUCCAUGUCCUAAACUUUGACCCAGUUAGACGGAGAAUGAGCGUCAUUGUGCAGACCAAAUCAGGGGAGACGUUGCUUUUCUGUAAGGGAGCUGAUUCCUCCAUCUUCCCAAGAGUCAAACCAGAGGAGGUGGACAGGAUUCGCAUGCAUGUAGAGCGAAAUGCAAUGGAGGGUUACCGUACACUGUGUGUGGCCUUUAAGCAGCUGAGUGCUGAAGAAUAUGCCAUGGCAGACACUGGGCUGAGGGAGGCUAGACUGGCUCUCCAGGACAGAGAGGAGAAACUCAUAGCCGUGUAUAACCAGGUGGAGAAGGGCAUGAGUUUGAUUGGAGCGACUGCUGUGGAGGACCGACUUCAGGAGGAGGCAGCAGAGACCAUGGAGGCCUUGCAGGGUGCUGGGAUGAAGGUUUGGGUGUUGACAGGGGACAAAAUGGAGACGGCAAAGUCUACCUGCUAUGCUUGUCGUCUGUUCCAGCGGGGUACAGAGCUAUUGGAACUGACUGUGCGGACACUGGAGGAUGAGAGGUUAAAGCGUGAGGAGAAACUGUAUGAGUUGCUACAGGAGUACCAUAGAAAAGCAGUGCAGGACGCCCCGCCUGUCAAAGCUGGGGUCACCAGGAGCUGGUCUACUGCAAAUCAGGAUUAUGGCUUCAUCAUAGAUGGGGCGACAUUGUCGUUAGUGAUGAACCCACAGCUUGAGGCAGAUGCCAGUCAGUACAAGAGCCUCUUUCUGCAGAUCUGCCAGAACUGCACUGCUGUACUCUGCUGCCGCAUGGCCCCCCUACAGAAAGCUCAGAUAGUGAAGAUGGUGAAGAACUCCAAAGGUUCCCCAAUCACUCUCUCCAUUGGCGAUGGGGCCAAUGAUGUUAGCAUGAUCCUUGAGGCACAUGUGGGCAUUGGUAUUAAAGGUAAGGAGGGCCGUCAAGCUGUGAGGAACAGUGACUAUGCCAUUCCUAAACUCAAGCACUUAAAGAAGCUUUUGCUGGCUCAUGGGCAUCUGUACUAUGUGCGCAUUGCGCAUCUCGUCCAGUACUUCUUUUAUAAGAAUCUUUGCUUCAUCUUACCUCAGUUCCUGUACCAGUUUUUCUGUGGAUGCUCUCAGCAGCCCCUGUACGACGCAGCCUAUCUGACGAUGUACAACAUCUGCUUCACCUCCAUGCCCAUUCUGGCCUACAGCCUGCUGGAACAGCACAUAGACAUCGCGAUUCUGCUGGACAACGCUGCCCUCUACAGAGAAAUAGCCAACAAUGCCAUGUUACGCUGGCGCCCCUUCCUGUACUGGACAGUUUUAGGAAUUUUUCAGGGUCUUCUGUUCUUCUUUGGUGUCCGUUUCUUGUUCAGCAAUCCAGCCUUACAGGAAAAUGGGCAGGUCUUUGGAAAUUGGUCUUAUGGAACAAUUGUUUUUACCGUCCUUGUUUUUACUGUUACAUUGAAGCUGGCAAUGGACACACGACACUGGACGUGGAUCAACCAUUUUGUGAUAUGGGGCUCUUUGGCUUUCUAUGUUUUCUUCAGUUUCUUCUGGGGGGGCAUCAUAUGGCCGUUUUUGAAGCAGCAGCGUUUGUACUUUGUGUUUGCCAACAUGCUGAGUUCAGUGUCUGCCUGGCUGGUUAUCAUCAUCCUCAUCCUCCUCAGUCUGCUGCCAGAGAUCCUUUUGGUGGUCCUUCGCAAGCCAAGAGGCCCCCAUUCACGACAGCUGUCAGAGGAUUCCUCGACUGACACAUACAGAUGGCUGCUGUCACACCUCUCUCCUACAAGCAUCUGAACGAGCUCUACUGAUGGCCAUGGACAGCCUUGGGUUAAGACUUCUGACCGGACCCUCACACCUGCCAGGGUUGCUGCACUUCUUCCUGCCUGUUUAAAUGAAACAUGACAAUGGAACCAAUUUAAACAGCUUUUCUGUUACAUCUUAUCCUAAAGCCUUCCAUUCCAGCACGAUUCCACAAGAACUAUGUUUUCACACUGGUUUCAUCCCUGCCCUACUGCCAGACUCUCAUGUUCAACCCUACCGGGAUGAAUGUGUCUCAUGCUAAGUGGUCAGUAGCGCUCGACUGCUACAGAAUGUACCAACAUCCUUAUUGGUUCUCUUGCAUGACCGACCCAAAAAAGUCCAA